AUGGUCCAGGCCAGAGGGAUGCAGAUCAGGGAGAACAUGAAGAACAUCGGAGCUCAGGUCCUGGAGCAGGUGGUGAGAGGUUCCUACAGUAACGGCACAGACUACACCUAUGACUUCAACGUGAGCGGCAGUGAAGCUCCGCCCACUACAUACCUUCCAGAGGGCUUCACGUACCUCUCAUCCCAGCUCUGCCCUGAGCGCAUGCAGUCUAUGACGGGUCGGCUCGAUGUUAACAUGAGCGAGGUGUCUUUGGAGGAAGUGGAGAGGUCGCUGCUGGAGGUGCAGCCUGGGAUGACCACCGGAGGAUACUGGGCGCCACAAGACUGUUUACCGCGGUGGAAAGUGGCAAUUCUAGUUCCUUUUAGAAAUCGUCAUGAACAUUUACCCAUCCUGCUGAGACAUCUGGUGCCCGUGCUGCAAAAACAAAGACUCCAAUUUGCCUUUUAUGUAAUAGAGCAGGGGGGAACAGAGCCAUUCAACAGGGCCAUGCUUUUCAAUGUGGGCUAUAAAGAGGCCAUGAAGGAUGCGGACUGGGACUGCCUGCUCUUCCACGACGUAGACCACCUGAUGGAGAACGACAGAAACUACUACGGCUGCACCGACAUGCCGCGCCACUUUGCCGUUCAGCUGGACAAGUACUCCUACAUGCUUCCGUAUAAUGAGUUCUUCGGCGGUGUCAGUGGCCUCACGGUUAAACAGUUCAAAAAGAUUAAUGGAUUUCCGAACGCGUUCUGGGGCUGGGGAGGAGAGGACGACGACCUCUGGAACAGGGUCCAUUACGCCAAUUACACCGUGAGCCGACCACGAGGAGACCAAGGCCGCUACAAGUCCAUCCCACACCACCACCGCGGGGAGGUCCAGUUCUUGGGGAGAUAUAGUCUUUUGCGUCAUUCAAAGGAGCGGCAGACAGUGGAUGGCCUCAACAACCUGAACUACUCCCCCCUAGUGUCCAGGAGGCCUUUGUUCACCCACAUCACCGUGAGCUUGAGCAGAAAACUGGCUCCGGUCGCUGACUAUUGA